AUGUCAAAAGCCUUCGACAAAGUUAACCAUGAAACCCUACUCAAUAAGCUAAACAACUGUUGCUUCAAGACCUACUUGUUAGACCGUAGGCAACGCGUUACUGUGCUAGGCGCCACCUCCUCUGAAAAACUUGUACCGUCAGGAGUACCACAGGGUUCAAUAUUAGCCCCUAUACUUUUUCUCCUCUACGUGAACGACCUUCCAGAUGCCAUUAAGAACUCCAAGGUUUCAUCUUUCGCAGAUGACACUAAGGUAUUUAAGUGCAUUGACUCCAUCUCGGAUGAAAGCUUGCUUCAGAGUGAUCUGAAUAGUCUGGGCAAUUGGUUAACUAAUUCCGGACUUAUCAAUUUAAUCAAGACAAGUGCAAGCUUCAGCAAAUUACCAGGAAAAAGAACCCGAUCGACUUCGAAUUCCCCCACGAGAUAA